AUGGCAACAAGACACGAAUUCUACCAGACAAACGACGUCCUCACGCUCUCCGUCUUUGUCAAAAACGCGCCGCCCACCGCCGCCGUCGAGAUCAGCUCUGACUCUAUAUCCAUCUCCUUCGCAGACUACUCCUUCUCUCUCGGCCCUCUCGCCGCAGCCAUCGACCCCUCCAAAUCCUCCUUCAAAAUCCUAUCCACAAAGAUCGAGUUCAAGCUGCACAAACUCGUCCCCGCCAAAUGGGCUGCUCUCGAACGUUCGGAUCUUGAGGCUUCCUCUGCUCCUCCCGCCCUGCCCUCCGCCUACCCGUCCAGCAAAGGCGCAAAAGACUGGGACAAGGUCGUGGUCGAGGAGAUUGGCGACAAGCAGGAGGAGGUCGAGGGCGGCGACCCUGCCUCGUUCUUCUUCAAGAAGCUGUAUGCUGAUGCGGACGAGGACACGCGACGGGCGAUGAUGAAGAGCUAUGUCGAGAGCAAUGGCACCGCUCUGAGCACGAACUGGUCUGAGGUCAAGAAGGAGACGAUGAAGACCAGUCCACCGAGCGGCAUGGAAGCCAAAAACUGGGACAAGUAG